CACCAUUGUCACGAGCUUCGUUAUAAGAAAAGGCGGCCCCCUUUGGAUUCCAAAAAAUAUUGCUGACUCAUUCAUCGUGGAAACAUGGCGCCUACUCUAGCGUACUGGCAGAUCAGAGGGCUUGCACAGCCAUUAAGACUAAUUCUUGGCUACACCAAAACAGACUUUGAGGAUAAAACAUAUGCAGUUGGAGAUGGACCAACGUUUGAUAAAUCAGGCUGGACCUCUGUAAAGGAUUCAUUAGGCCUUGAUUUCCCAAAUCUGCCAUAUUACAUUGAUGGAGAUGUCAAAAUUACACAGAGCAAUGCUAUUCUCCGGUAUAUUGGCAGAAAAUACAAACUAGAUGGAGAAACCGAAGAGGAGAAGAGAAGAGUUGACCUAAUGGAAAAUCAGGCCAUGGAUUUCCGCAAUGGAUUUGUGAGACUAUGUUACAACCCUAGAUUUGAUGACUUGGUUGAUGAUUACAAAAGAAAUAUAGCAGCAAUGCUGAAGCAGUUUAGCGCCUUUCUUGGAGAAAGGAAGUUUUUUGCUGGUGACAAGCUCACUAUGGUGGAUUUUGUGAUGUAUGAGCUUCUUGAUCAACACAAAGCUCUUGAUGCAUCAUUACUUGGGCCAUUUGACAAUCUUUUGGCAUUUCUCAAGAGAUUUGAGGAAAUUCCUGAGAUUGCAGAGUUCCAAAAAUCGGACAAAUGUUUCAAAGGCCCCAUCAAUAACAAGCAAGCAAAGUUCAGAUAGAUAAUGACUCUUUGCCAAUCUGCUUUUUAAAAUCAGAGAACAACCACGAUUAUCAAAAUUAGAAAUUUAUCCAUCUAGAAAGUAACGAUUUUAGCAGGUGUACUCCUUUAGAAGGUGUACUCGAUUUUAGCAGGUGUAUAAUGAUUUUUUAUGAAUGAUUUGACAAAGCAAAAGUUAAAUAGAGGUAAUCGAUUACCGUGCUGAAGUGAUUUC